CAUGCAGAGGGUGGCCGUGGUCACCGGCGCCAGCAGUGGAAUCGGUUCCGCGCUGUGCAGGCGUCUGCUCGAGGAAGACACUGGCCUCCACGUGUGCUUGGCCUGCAGGAACGUGGAGAAGGCUGCUGCCACCCGCAGUGAACUGCUGUCCUCCUUCCCCUGUGCAGACAUCAGCAUCAUUCAGAUAGAUGUUGGCACGCUGGAAUCUGUCCUGCGUGCAGCCGCAGAGAUCAAGACCAGAUUUCACCGUUUGGACUAUCUCUUCUUGAACGCUGGGAUCAUGGUAAAGCCCCGUAUCAGUUUCUGGGCAUUUCUGCGUGGCAUCUUCUCCAGGAAUUCAAAGCAGCACACGGGGGGUGCCCAGGUGGUCUCCCAUCCAAAUACUGACCAGGCCCAAACCUGUCUAGCUUCAGUGAUGGAACAUCCUCAAGUGGAACAAAAUGAAGCAGAGUCCUCUUUUUCCCAGCGAAUGUUCCGGAUGUUGACCACAGCGGAGGGGCUGAUGAGCCAGGAGGACAGGGUCAGCCCGGACGGCCUGCAGGAGGUCUUUGAAACCAACUUCUUCGGACAUUUCAUACUGAUCCGGCAGUUGGAGCCCCUGCUUUGCUCGGUUGAAAAGUCCUGCCAGCUGGUCUGGACCUCUUCAGUCAAUGCCCACAAAAAAAACUUCAGCCUCGAGGACUUCCAGCACCAGCUGGGCAAGGAGGCGUACAGCUCCUCCAAAUACGCCACCGACCUCGCCAGCGUGGCUUUGAACAAGCGCUUCAACAAGCAGGGCCUGUAUUCGAGUGUCGUCUGUCCAGGCAUUGUGAUGACCAACAUGACAUACGAGAUCCUGCACCCCUUGGUUUGGAAGCUGCUUCUGCCCCUCUUGUGGCUGCUGCGCAUCUGCACCCGCACUUACACGCUGACCCCCUACAACGGAGCCGAGGCGCAGAUCUGGCUGUUCAAGCAGAAGCCGGAGUCGCUGGACCCCCUGGUGAAGUAUCACAGCUGCACCACGUUCCUGGGCAAGACGUACGUGGAGCCCCGCAAGAUGGAUCUCACGGAAGACAUGGCUGAGAAAUUUUAUGAGAAGAUUUUGGAACUAGAGAAGCAAGUCAUAGCCAAGAACAAUGGCCCACAACAUAAAAAAUAGCAAAACCAAAGCAGUGCUUUCUCGGUGGCAAAACGUGUCUUCCACUUGGGCCAGUGUGGAUCCCCCCCACCCCCAGGUUGCCUUUGUAGAGCAAAACUCUCUGAAGUGCCUGACCAGGGUAUCACGGGGCCGGAGUGCUGAACGAACCCAAGACACCCGAUCAUGUAGUCUCCGCUCCCACACGCCUGGAGGGCCCCUCGGUCUGGUUUUCGUUGCCUGCGUGCCCCGGUGAGCUGCAACGCUGCUUAAUCCACUGUUUUCCCCCGGUCCGGGGUGAGCACCCUCCACCUCGGUCUUUCAGAAGCACCCAGACCCUCCCCAGGCCGUAGCCUUAAUCCACCACUCCAUCCUAGUAAGCGCGGUUCCUUCGUCCGUGAACACUCCUUGACCCCUCCCAAAUGCUGCCUCCCUUUCCGAGGGUUGUAGGAAUGGUCCUCUCAUCCACAGCAAUACCGUUUCAAUCCCUAACUGCCCCCCCCCGCCCCCGCCGAUCAGCCACACACCCUUGCCCUGAGCGGGGGCGCUGGAAGGAUGCCGCUCCAGGCUGGCUAGCGGUCCGCAUCCAAUGGUGCCAGCCUCUCGCCUCACCAGGGUUUUAGGGCCCCGUUCGUUACACCACUUGCAGUCCCCGUACCAUUUUAGUCCUCGCAUCAAUUUGUGCUUCCUGAAACGAUGGGAGUCUUUUUGGCUGGCUUGCACUGCAAUCGUAGAUGUUUCUGAUCCAGAGUAGGCCCACAGAGUGAAUUCGGUUGUUCUUGCUCUUUGGUGAUCCGCAAUUUCUUGUAGCCUUUCAGCGAGUGAAGGGAGUUCUAAGUACUGUGUAUCUUUAGAGAGACCACUAACUUUGUUCCUGUCGCAAUAGUAUUUUGAGUUGAGGCAACGGAAAUGCAAAAUCUGGGAGACAGCAGAAAGCUGAACACAAAUUCAAAGUGUUGCUUUGACUAUUUAGGUACUUUUAUAUACUUUUAUUGUUUGCAUUAUUUACUGCCUUGUCUGCUCAUAAGCUCUUGGGCCCAUGAGCAGCCAUUUCAACCGCUUACUGUAGCAUUAAAGCAUU